AUGAAGCGGGCGCGUAACGAUCUAUUUUCUCCGUUGGAAAUCAACACUGAUGCCGUCAGGUUGUCAACGAAGUUCAGCCGCCUCGCCAUCGAUUCUGAGCUUUGGAAAGCUGCAUAUUAUCGGCGAUUCGUCCUCCCGCGCGCAUCCCGCAUACCAGGAAUUAAGGACUCUGGCCCCGCCAACCGUUUUCACUAUUCUUCGCGGCUGUCGAAGUGGCUCGACGAUGGAGAUCUUGUCAAAGAUGGAGUCAAGACUCACUGGAAGCAGCAGUAUCGACUCCGGCACAACUGGUCCCAAGGGCAAUGCGCGGUCAGUGAGAUCGUUGUCGCCGAGAGGCGCCCUGACCCGCCUUUGCUCGUCAUGAUGUCAAACAGCACUCUUUUUGCGGCCGAUUCUAUAUCAGGUUUACGAGCUUGGAACUCGAAGGACGCCCGUGAGCUACUGGCUACGACGUCGCUUGCAGUGACUGCGCAUGAUGCUCUGCGACUGCCAAUAUCUAUGGCCAUAGAUUCGAUCGAGAGUACGGAGACUUCGGAUAAGCCGGAUAAGAUCGCCGUGGGCUUCGAAGAUGGCUCAUUCUCUUUAUAUGCUCUCCAGCGAGACCGCCAUGAGUUCGACUGCCUUUUCACGCAUCCGCCAUCCUGCAACGGCGCAUUGUCGGCAAUAGCCUACUCGUCACCGUAUCUACUUACCAUGACAGAAGAUCACUUGCUAUCACUGUAUGCAUUCCAGGACUCGCCUGAUACUUCCACUAUCCUUGCAGCUCCACAUCUUCUCUACUCACUUCGAUCACACACUGCGUGGCCGCCAGUGUCGCUGUCUUUGCGCACGACCGCGAAGAGCAUGACUGCAGCUAUUGCAUACUCGAUUCCAACUUAUCUUUCUGGAUGGACUGUUGGUGUGCAAGAGUUGAUGCUCUCACCAAAAGGCGAGCUACUCGAGUCUCGGUUGGCCACAGCAGCGGACGAACAUUCCUUCACACUCUCGACACACCGUUCAGCGUCAUCUCCCACCACACUACCAUCGCCGCCGUUUCCAGGUAGCUCGCAAGAAGCUUCUUUGAUCAGUAACCCGAGUACAUCGAAGCCCACAUCCAUGUCGUAUUCUCAUCCAUAUCUCCUCGUCGCUCAUCCCGACAACACGCUCUCUCUGUAUUUGGUCAAGUCGACCGCUGCUGCUUUGUCAAUAAGUUCCGGUAAUCGACUCUGGGGCCACACAUCUUCCAUAUCUGGCGCGCACGUUGGCAUGCGUGGCAAGGCUGUCUCUGUGAGCAGACUUGGCGAUGAGCUUAGGGUCUGGGAUCUCGAAGGCGGGAUUACUUCUCUGGCAAACCGGCGGCGAUUGCGAAACGGCGAGAUGAGCGUGAGGGUACAACCUUCGAAGGCCGAAAAUCAUACAGACAACACUGAGGAAGACUCGCUUCGAGACAAGGCUGGACUACGGCUCGCGCUUGAUCAGGGUUUCGACGACUCGACUGUCAGCCGUGGCUGGGUCGGCUUCGAUGAGCAGAACGUCAUUGCCCCAGCUACCGGCGGCGGAGGCAGCCGCGGCUGCUACAACUGCGGAGACUCUUCUCACCGCGCUGCCGAGUGCCCCACCAAGGGCACCCCUACCUGCUACAACUGCGGCGAGAAGGGCCACGUGAGCCGUGAGUGCCAGAACCCUCAGGCCGAGAAGACCUGCUACCGCUGCGGUGGUACCGGCCACAUCAGCCGUGAGUGCACCAAGGAGGGUGGCGCCGGUAUGGGAGGUGCUGGUGGCGGCCAGGGAGUGCUACAAGUGCGGGCCAGCGGGGUCACAUUGCCCGCAACUGCAGCCAGGGUGGCGGUGCUGCUUAUGGAGGUGGCGGCGGCGGUUUCGGUGGGGGCCGCGGAGGCUACGGUGGUGCUCAGGGUGGCGGCUAUGGCGGUGCCCGUCAGACCACCUGCUACUCUUGCGGUGGCUUUGGCCACAUGAGCCGCGACUGCACUCAGGGCCAGAAGUGCUACAACUGCGGCGAGGUUGGUCAUCUUUCCCGGGACUGCCCCCAGGAGACCUCCACUGAGCGUGUCUGCUACCGCUGCAAGCAGCCCGGCCACGUUCAGAGCGCUUGCCCCAACUAGAGUCGCUCCUCGGAUCCCGUCGAUGUUUUAGAUCCGCUGUAGUUUUUGAUGCCACGGUUCGACUUGUCGCGUGCGCCCGGGCCCUUCGAUUAUGAGAGAUUGCCGCCAUGAUUGACGAAUCAUCGACACGAUAAUGACUUUUCUUUUCCUGUACAUUUUCUCAUUCUACGGCUUGGCGGCCGUUUUUCGACGCUUCCCGAAAAGCACAUUAUCGACCUGGUCCUUAUCGGCGACCAAACGCCACGAGACUUGGUUCACGAAAAGUUCUUGAGACAGAAAGAUAUUGCGUUUGGUAGAUACACAGUGGGUGGGUAGGAAAUGCGGUAUGACUCCACGCGAGCGAUGAAUGGGAGAUGUGUGCCCAUGAAAUAGGAGAGCGAGCUCCUUGUACGGAGGUUUGGAAUCAUCUAUAGCUGUGAUUGGAUAGCUUAGAGCCAGACUGAAGUUGCAGCAUGAAGAUAUUGAAAAGUUCCCUUCCUUUUUGGAGGGGCUCC